AACGCGAUACUAAAUUUAAACAAUAUUUUUUGAGAUAAUAUACACAUAACAUGUACAGCAAACUUACGAUUACAAGUGAUAAAUCAAUGGCGACCAGAUAAAAAAUGACGAUCUUACGGAUAGAAGCUUUGAUUCUCUCUUUAAUUCCAUGUGCAUGCACACAGACAGUCACACUUUCUCCAACUAUUGCUCAGGUGAUUGUUAACCAGAGCGUAACUUUGACUUGUUCUAUCAAUGAAAUAGACGUUGCAAAAUUUUCACGUUGGGAGAUUUCUGAAUCACCUCGGACUGGAGUUAUUGUUCCUUCCAACGGAACGUGUCUAGGAUUUGGUUUUUUGGCAGAUGAAACUAAAUAUUCUUUGCACUGCAAUGGAAACAACACAUUUUCGGUAACUAUUAAAAGAGUGACAAUACAGGAUCAUGCUCAAACAUGGAGAUGUAGUCAAGCAUUUAUUUUCAGCAACCAAGCUACGAUAUUUGUGAAAAGUAAGCAGUUCACAUAUUUCUGUCUGUUUAUAUCAAUUCAAAGUUCAUCCCAAUUAACAACAACUGCAGUAUGACAUAGUGUGGUAUUUCUUUGUCUGCAGGAAUUUAAGGUACUUCCGCCAUCUUGAAUUUAGAGUGACCUUCAUUUGAAGUGUGAAAAUAUAGUGAACAAAAGCUUUCAAAUGCAGCUGUUCCAGAAUACAAAAACAGCUCAGUUUUCAAGACCUGAACUAAAAGUAGCUGUAUAAAAAGUAAAACUAAAAUUUGGAAAUAAAUAAAGAAGAUAUUUUACCUGUAUUUUUCCAAAUUUUUGGUUAGAUUUAUAAAUCCUUUCAAAAUACUUUAUUAAAAAUUCAUGAAUGGCAAAAGUUAGUUCAAAGUUUCAAUUAGUGCAUAGGAGAAUUGUCUUACUGAAUAGAACUAAACUUAUUACAAAAUCUGUUUUCAAACCUGACCACCUCAUGUAUUAAAACUAAAAUAAAUCUGUACAUAUUGCUAUUUUCAGCAUACAUAAAAGUAGUGCAAUGUGCGGACAAUGAUUUUUAUACGUAUGGUGUAUCAAACUGCCUAAAAUUGUAAGACAAGUCUCAGACUUAAUGUGAACAAGAUUUGGCAACGAUCCGAAAUUCUUUUCAAGGAUUGUCAAGUAUAAGAAAGGUUUAAUUUAUUACAGUGGAAUUUAUGUACUUACGCGCUGCUUAUCUCACGGAAAAUUUGGUGGAAAUGGAAUU